UUGUCCGACCUUAUCUUUUUGAACCGUGCUGACUGCUGACAAUUAAUAAUUAUUAAUUAUAUCUAUUUUGCGGUGCUGACAAGUGACAAGUAUUGUAAAUUAUAAUAUAUUUAUAUAAUUAAAUUGUUCGCGUCUUGAUUCUUGUUACAUUGUUAGUAAAUACCGUAUGUUUUGUCUUGUCAUAGAAAAUUUUCUUCAAAAAAAUUGUGUGGAAUUGUAGACCCGGCUUUAAGUUUAAGUGUUUAACUUUCAAGUGUGACAAAAGUAUUUUCAAAUUUCUUUUAUGUAACUAUUUUCAUAUUUUAUUUAUUUUAAAACAUUAUACAGUUAUAACUUAUCUGUACCUACUUCAUUACUUGGCAUCCAGCUACAUCAAACUAAGCAAACUACCAACUAAUUGUCUUCGUAUUAGGUUAACCAAAAAUUGGUUAUCAAUAUUAACCAUGAACAAAUGUGAUAUAUGUAACAAAGAUUUUACUCUCAAAAAAAAUUUAAAUAGACACAUGAGGAAUAUACAUAACACAAUUACAGCUCCUAUUUCAAAUAACUGCAACACCACCACUAAGAAAGCCAUACACAAAUGUCCUAAGUGUCAAUCACUAUUUGUUGAAAGAAGUUCACUUAGACGACAUGAAAGGGUAAAACAUAAAAUGAACAUCACGGCCUCUUUAAGGACCAUAAAAUCUAUUAAAUUCAUAACAUUUCAGCCCAGCAAUUUAGACGAUUAUCCAUUGUUAAAGAAAUUAGUACCUGACGAUUAUGUUUACAAAGUGAGUUGCAUACAAUAUUUGGAAAAUGACGGAUUGAAAUCAACAUUUGAAAUUGCUGAUUGCACUAACGAUAUAUUUUUGGGUUGGUUAUCAGAAUUGGAACAAAAAUCUAAGGUUACCUACAGAGUUAAAUCGUACACUAAGUCACCGAGCCAAAAAAUUAUAUUUAAUAAAGUUUAUAGAUGCAUUCAUAAUACAUAUCCCCAUAAGUAUAAAAAAGCUCAUCCAAAACACACAGGAUGUAUGGCCACAUUAACUGUAAGAAUAAAAACAUGUAGUGAAGCUUUGUCUGUUAAAAAUACAAUGGCUGAUAAUAAUGUGAUAUUGAUUCAUCUUAAAGCAAUCGUGACACUCUAUCAUAAUCAUAACCAUAUGCUUGAAGAAACAAUGAAACUAUGUUUUAUUGAAAAAGAGACACAAGGAGAAAUACAAUGUAAUGAAACUUCUAUGGAGAUUUAUACAACAGAAAAUCAAUUAAAUAUAACACAUUUCGACAAUUUUACCAGUACACAGCAAAACAGUAAUUCUAGUAUUUCACAAGUAUCUUCCAAAAAUAAUAAAAUCAUUGAUAAUACAACAGAAAUGGUUACAAAGUUUGUAGUUGAAGAUAAUAAAAAAAAUGAGCCAAAUGAAAAUGAUAAUUUUGGAUAUCCUGAAGAAUAUGAUAAAUACAUUUUGGUUGAAAAUAUAGAUACACCAAAUGUAUUAUAUGAUAAUAAUAAGAAUGAAUUAAAUCAAUUAAUGUCUGAUUAUGAUACAGUUAAUGAAAGAAUUUUGAAACAAUUUGGAUCAAACCCAAGUUAUUUCAAGUCGGCGAUCAAACAUUAUACAUUAGCAAUGAAAGAUAGUUUGACUUCCAAAGAAUCGUUAUUGAAUGCAUUGCAUUCAUUUGGAGAACAAUUUAAAGAAAAACACAAAUGAUUUAAAAAUAUUCAUAUUGUUUUAAAAAAUUAUAACAUUGUGGACUGGUGGUACACAUUUAUGGAACAAUUGUACUGUACAAAAAUUGAUCACAAAUUAACAAUCAUGUGUGCUGUUCAGGAUGUUUUGAUUUAACAACUGUGAGUAUUUGUUAUUUUAUAUACUUCAGUUAUUGCACGUUUAGAUGGUUGUUUGAUGAUUGUAUUCAAAAAAAGAAUUUAUAUAAUUCGUAAUUUUCCAACGAAACACGUGUGUGCAAGUUACUCGUAUGAUAAAAUAAUACUAAUGACCUAAAUCGGAAUCUAGACGCCAGCAGCUGACCGUUGAACGUUCGCCGUUUUCAAUUUUUCAAAUAAUUAUUUUGAUCAUCGUUUUUGGCGCGAAAAGUUACGGUGGAAAAUAAAAACG